AUGCAGUCGCUGAUUGCUUCCAGCAUCGUACUAUUAUUGGUUACGAAUUCUGUAUUUGGUAAGUUGAAUUUUUUUUUGAAAUUUUACUGUAGUUUUCAAACCUUUUUACUGUUGUUUUUUACUGGAAUUCUAUUUUUAUACUAAAUUUAUUAUAAAUCCAUUCAAAACCAUAUUGUAACUUACGCAACAUGUAUUAAAGAAAGGUACAUCCGGACUGAGAAUGUUAAUUAAAGUAAUCUGUGGUCGUACUGUAGCCGUUUACUACUUAAUUCUUUAAUUUAUCGGAUUAGCAAACCUGUUUUUAGAAGUUAUUAUUCUUAAUUAACGCCCUUAAUGUGUUUAAUCAUUCAGGACUGGGUUACAUCUACGACGACACCUACUUCCCCAUCCCUCAAGGAGCACAGAUCGUGGUCGAGACCCUGCCCGAGACCAAGUUUAUGCCCCAGCGACGGUUCGACCCCGCCUGGAGGCAUAUCGGGCUAGGAAAACGGUCGACGGACGAGCCGCGACGGAUCAGCGGCGAACGGUCCUGGGCCAUGAUCGGGCUGGGCAAGCGACGAUAG